CUGUCGCUGUGGGCCUUUCCACAUUAAGGAAGGGCUGGAGCAGAAGCCACACCUGCUGCUGUUCCCUUGCUGCAGGAUGGAACAGAGAACCCCAAGCCAACCCCAAGAGGCCUGGUCGGAGAGGCCUAGGGCACUCCGCACCCCCAGGGCCCAGCAGGGGCCCGACGAGGUGUAUGAGGUGCAGCCCUUGCAGGGGCUCUCAGACUCAGGUGAGGGUCCUUCUGCCUCGGACAUGUCGCCACAGCAGGAGGAUCCCCUGAGCUGCAUCCGUGCCUGCUGCAUGUGCAGACCCCAGGCAGAGGCACAGAAGCUGAGCUUUCUGGCCUCCAUCUGCACCAUCUGCGAAGCUGCCCUCGAGGACAGCGGUGCGCAUUACCGGCUGUGCGUCUGCCCGCUGGAGGUGGCGCAGUGCAUUGAGGAGCUGCUGCAGGAGGAGCCCGCCGAGCGCCUGGACACGGAGCUGCGGCAGCAGGCCAUGAACGCCAUCGCCGCCAUGAGCAGAGCGUGGCUGCUUCCAGAGGAGCGGAAGAGCAGCCUCCUGCGGGCCUGCCUCGGCAGCGUCCUCCACCUCCCUCGCCACGAGGACACACAGGACCGGGAUGCUGCACUCUACAUGGAGACCAUGGAAGCCCUGCACCGCCUGCUGCAGGUGUUGGUGGGCAGCGCCGGCACCUCUGUCCUCAUGGAGCUGCAGAACAUCUUGGAGCUCCUGCUGCCCUUCACCACGUGCCAGCUGGCAGCUGUGGAGGAGAGGGCCAUGGCGUGCAUUGCCAGGCUGCUCGCCUUCAGCAACACCUGCCCCUUGCCCGAGGUGUGCUCCUGCUUCACAGGAGCUGUGGUGCUCCGGCAUCAGUGCACAGAGAACCAACGCUUCCCUGUGCUGGGGAAACUGUCUGAACACCUCAUCUGUGGAGCUGCAGCACAGGAUGGGAGGACCAGAGAUGAGGCGAUGAAGGCUGUCCAUCAGCUUUUCAUUUUCAUCACCUCCCAAAGAAUGUGGAUGUGGCAGAAGGAUCCCAAGAAACCACAACUUUGGGAGGGCCAGCAAAUUUUGCUCCUCCAGGAGGUUUCCCAAGAGAACAAUGCCAGAAAUAUCUUUGAGGUACAAAGAGCAAACCCUGAGCCCACAGGAGAACCCAGGCCUGCAGCGUCAGGAAGAGUGCAGGCACUGUCCCCGAGCAGCCCUGGUGCAUGUAGGGCCCUCCUGCUCUGUACCCCAGGCAUCACCCAGCCCAACCCCUGCUCCCAGCUCUACUGAGGC